ACAAUGUAUAGAGAUUUAAUGCUCUUCAAUGCCAGGAGAACUAGAACGGGUCACUGCUUGGAUUGAAAUAUUUUGGUAGCCAAAGGGACAUAGAACAAGAAUAAAGUAAAAUUAUCCCGAAGAAUAGUUUUAAGGAAAAGUACUGAAACUUUUAAGAGAGAGUGUCCGGCCUGUGCAAGAAGUGGAGCCGAGACUAAACAUACAGACGCACAGACAGACGACAGACGGAGGACGCACUGGCUGCUGGACCCUGCCGCCUCCCCUUUCUCCCUGCUGGCUGUGCCCGGAGGAUGAGCCCAGCCUUCAGGGCCAUGGACGUGGAGCCCCGUGCCAAGGGCAUCCUACUGGAGCCCUUUGUCCACCAGGUCGGGGGGCACUCAUGUGUGCUCCGCUUCAAUGAGACAACCCUGUGCAAGCCCCUGGUUCCGAGGGAGCACCAGUUUUACGAGACCCUCCCAGCUGAGAUGCGCAAAUUCACUCCCCAGUAUAAAGGUGUAGUAUCCGUGCGUUUUGAAGAAGACGAAGACAGGAACUUGUGUUUAAUAGCAUAUCCAUUAAAAGGGGACCAUGGAACUGUGGACAUUGUAGACAAUUCAGACUGUGAACCAAAAAGUAAGCUGCUAAGGUGGGCAAGCAAGAAACAUCAUGUCCUAGAAAUGGAAAAGACUCCCAAGGACUGGGUGCGCCAGCAUCGCAAAGAGGAGAAGAUAAAGAGCCAUAAGUUAGAAGAAGAAUUUGAGUGGCUAAAGAAAUCCGAAGUCUUAUACUAUAGUGUAGAGAAAAAGGGGAAUGUAAGUUCCCAGCUUAAACACUACAACCCUUGGAGCAUGAAAUGUCACCAGCAGCAGCUACAGAGAAUGAAAGAGAAUGCGAAGCAUCGGAACCAGUACAAAUUUAUCUUACUGGAGAACCUGACUUCCCGCUACGAGGUGCCUUGUGUCCUGGACCUCAAGAUGGGCACGCGCCAGCACGGUGACGAUGCUUCAGAGGAGAAGGCAGCCAAUCAAAUCCGGAAGUGUCAGCAGAGCACAUCUGCAGUCAUUGGUGUGCGUGUGUGUGGCAUGCAGGUGUACCAGGCAGGCAGUGGGCAGCUCAUGUUCAUGAACAAGUACCACGGGCGGAAGCUGUCAGUGCAGGGCUUCAAGGAGGCGCUUUUCCAGUUCUUCCACAAUGGGCGGUACUUGCGCCGAGAGCUCCUGGGCCCUGUGCUCAAGAAGCUGGCUGAACUCAAGGCGGUGUUGGAGCGACAAGAGUCAUAUCGCUUCUACUCAAGCUCCCUGCUUGUCAUCUAUGAUGGCAAGGAGAGGCCCGAAGUGGCCCUGGACUCGGACGCUGAGGACUUGGAGGACCUGUCAGAGGAGUCAGCAGAUGAGUCUGCUGGCGCCUAUGCUUACAAGCCCCUUGGCGCCAGCUCCGUGGACGUGCGCAUGAUCGACUUCGCACACACCACCUGCAGGCUGUAUGGCGAGGACAGCGUGGUGCAUGAGGGCCAAGAUGCUGGCUAUAUCUUCGGGCUCCAGAGCCUAAUAGACAUUGUCACAGAAAUAAGUGAGGAGAGCGGAGAGUGAGCUUGUGGGCUGCUCUAGUACCUGUGAGUCUUUCUGUGUCCCAGGCACAGCUGUGCUGCGUCAGGGAGGAGGCCAGUACGGCCAAGUGGUGACCCCGGCAGCCUGGAGCUGAUGCACAGUGGCCCCUGGGAGCCCCAGCCUGAGCCAGUCCAGUUGCGCUCGGAGUCUUAUUUAUUUUAACUUUCUUCAACAUUCCACAUUUGAUGAUGCAGAUACCUCUUUCUUCCCUGAGUGUAAAUGUUCUAAUACAGAUCUUUUUUGUUUAUUGUA